AUGAUAUUGAAUUACUAUAGGACAGGUAAACUCCACUAUCCAACAAAUGUCUGUGGACCAUUGUUCGAGGAAGAGUUGGAAUUCUGGGGACUAGAUGCUAAUCAGGACACUUUAGCCGUGAUCGAGUCAUUAGAUCUAGAUGGUGAUCCUCCGACUCAGGAAGAGAAGAACUUAAUUGUCAAUAUCAUCUGA